CUGUCAUUCAUUCAUUCAUCCAUCCAUCCAUCCAUCCAUCCAUCCAUCCAUCUAUCCAUCCAUCCAUCCAUCCAUCCAUUCAUCGAUCUAUCUAUCCAUCCAUCCAUCCAUCCAUCAUCCUGCUUUUUUAAAAGAGAACAAAAAUCUCAGUUUAUAAGGUUUAUCAUCCACCUGUCAUUCAUCCAUCCAUCCAUCCAUCCAUCCAUCCAUCCAUCCAUCCAUCCAUCCAUCCAUCCAUCCACCCAUCCAUCCACCCGCCCACCCACCCACUUAUCCGUCCAUCUAUCAUCCUGCUUUUUCAAAGCAGAACAAUAA